AUGUCACGACGCUGGUGCCACAAGUUGGAAGUUGUCGUCCUAAGCUUCGUCGGGUUCACUGGGUUCCUGUUCCUCCUCCAAAAUGACAAGGACGGCCCUGUCCUGAAAGAGGCAAUAGAAACUUCCAGCAGAAUCCUGCCAAUCAUUACUGAACACCCCAAGCCCGUUGCCGAGUGCCGGGAGAAUGCGUCAGUGGCCAAUAUUUCCGGGUUUGCUGACUUGCCCAACCACAUAAAAAACUUCUUGCGGUAUAAGCACUGCAAGGAAUUCCCUUUGCUUUUGGAUGUGCCGGAGAAGUGCGGCGGCCCCGACAAAUCCUAUGACGUCUUCUUGCUUCUCGCCAUCAAGUCAUCGCCAGGGAAUUAUGAAAGGCGUGAGAUCAUCCGCAAGACUUGGGGCCAGGAACGGACAUAUGCUGGCGUCCACAUCCGGAGGCUGUUCUUAUCCGGGCAGGUGUCGAAUGCUCGCGAAGCUCGGAAGAUUAACCAGCUCUUGAGGAUUGAGACAGAAGAGAACGGAGACAUCCUCCAGUGGGACUUCCACGACAGUUUCUUCAACCUGACGCUCAAGCAAGUCCUCUUCCAUUCCUGGAUGGAGGCCCGCUGCCCUGGUGUCCGUUUCGUCUUCAACGGGGACGACGAUGUCUUUGCCAACACGGACAAUAUUAUCCACUACUUGUUGGACGUCCCAGGCGCAGGGGACCAACACCUCUUCGUGGGACAGCUCAUUACCAACGUGGGCCCCAUCCGUGAGAAGUGGAGCAAGUACUACGUGCCGGAGCAGGUGACCACCUCCAAAUCCUACCCCUCUUACUGCGGUGGCGGGGGUCUCCUCAUGUCUGGCUACACUUCGCGCGCCAUCUAUAAGGAAUCGUUGGGCAUCGAACUCUUCCCUAUUGACGACGUGUACCUGGGGAUGUGUCUCCAGAAAGCGGGGCUGACUCCUGCUUCCCACACUGGCAUCCGGACAGUGGGUGUGAGGGUACCUUCCUCCAAGUUGGAGUCCUUUGACCCCUGUUAUUACAAAGAACUGCUCCUGGUCCAUCGCUUUGUGCCCUAUGAGAUGCUGGUGAUGUGGAGAGCCAUCCACCAGCAAAACUUGAUCUGUGGGAAGAGAGUGGAGGUCUAUCACCGUCUCUGA